CUUCUUCUUCUUUAUUGCAACGAAGAAGAAGUCCCAACUUCCGGCAUUGGAGAGCCCUUUCGAUGUAAUUUUGUGCUGAAAUUAACAGAGAAAAUAUCAAAAAGCAGUCAUAGUUGUUCACGUCAAAGCUCCAAAGUUUAACGGUGGAUUUGAUGAAACGCUGUGAUGUUAAAAGAUCAAGCAAUGUCUGUGGUGUUUGACGGGAGUCCGCUGAAAGCGAUGCCGAGCUCUCACAGUCACAGCCCGCAGACUGCCCUGAGUGCUCAGGAACUGUCCCAGGAGAUCAAGUCCUUCAUCAGUGGUGUUGACACCGUUCAGGGUCGUAAGCUCAGUGUCCGGGAACACGCGCGCUGUGCUGUGCGGCUGCUGCGCUCAGUCCCUGCCUGUCGGGGGGCUGUGCUGGAGCAUCUCAGAAGUGUGUAUGAUGAACAUGUCUCCACCUUCCUGCACAACCUGGAGAUAGAGGGGGAUGCCAACUCCGGGGUCAGCUCCAACCUGGAGGACAUCAUACAGGAGGUUCAUGGCGUGCUGUCAGAGUUUAUCCAUCUCAACCCCCGGGCCUGGGCUCCUCUGGUAUCCGCCUGGGCCGUUGACUUGUUGGGCCAGUUGAGUAGCAAGCAUGCUGGGCGUAGGGUGGCCCCUCACUCCUCCAGCCUCAAUGAGCUGCUCCAGCUUUGGAUGUCUUGUGCUGCCACUCGGUCCCUCAUGGAGACCUACUCGCAGUGUUUGGCUGCCAUGCUGGCCUGGUGCCCUGACGCCUGUGUGGACGCGCUGUUGGACACCUCAGUUCAGCACUCCCCGCAUUUUGACUGGGUAGUGGCUCACAUCGGCUCUGCCUUUCCUGGAACUAUCAUCAGCCGAGUGCUGGCAUGUGGCCUCAAGGACUUCUGCUCUCAUGGUGUCAAGGACCAAGGGCUAAUGGUGAUGGGAGUUGAUAAAGGCAGCAGAGUGCCCAAGAUUGGCUCUGUGGUGGGAAUCCUUGGACACCUUGCGGCACACCACUCUGAUAGCAUCAGAAAGGAGUUACUGAGGAUGUUCCAGGAAAGCCUGACUCCAUCGAGCCCACUAUCUCCCACUUCGUCAUCAACAUCUUGGGAGAGUUCACCUCAACUCCGUCGUGCUGCAGUACCAUUUCUUCUGCAGCUGGCUGCGAUGUCCCCAAACCUAUUUGGUGCUAUGUCUGCAGAGCUGGUAGAGCUGUUACGUCCCCCUGUCCUGCUCCAGCUGCAGACCUUGCUGCAGGGCCUCCCUAGAGAGGAACUGGAUAACAUGCUGGGGCUGGCAGUUCACCUUAUUAGCCAGAGUCCAUCAGGAGGGGCCCGGGUCCUUCGUUUCCUUGCAGACACUGCAACCCCAGCCUCAGUCAUCAUCUCUGGCCCUACACCUUCACCUCAUGAAGGUGUCAGGGAAGGCUGUGACCGCCUCCUUCAGAUGCUUCUUCUACAUCUCCACAAACUAGUCUUCAACCGCUCAGAUGGCAUUGAUGGAAAUCCCCAUCAGUCUUCUUUCUCUCAGCCCCAGAGGGUUAUCCCCUUCUUGGAGGAGCUGCAGUCUCAUGUAGGUGAGCUUUGUGCUGAGACAUUACGACUGGAGAGGAAGCGUCACCUCUGGUUGCACCAGCUAUUGUGUCUGCUCUCAGUGUAUGGGGGUCCUAGUGUGGCCACAGAGGCCCUGUGCCAGCUACUCACUCAGGCCCACAACCCAGAGGAGCUGGCUCUGGCCUGGCAACACCCCCGGGGGCCCUGGCAGCUGAGGCAGCUGCUGCUUAACCUGGCCGCAGCCAUCCAGAGUCAGGAUGAAGAGAGAAAAGGAGAAGUGGGCGCUCAGUCCUCCAUGGCCAUCCAGGUGGGCUCAGCGGUCUCAGGACACCUCCAUGAUUUUAGCCCGCUCCUUCUCCAUGGUGACCCAGUUGUAUCUCAUGCUGCAGUGCGCCUCCUGUCCUGUAGUCCACUCCCUCACACGUCUUCCCCAGCACACCUGCUCCUGCUCUCCCGUGCUGCUGUCAACCAUUUUUUCCUGGUGCUGCGGAGGAGAGGGGAAGGCGAGAAGGUGGGGAAAGAAGGUGGACAAACAGGCGAGGCGGUGAACUGUUCAGUCCUGCUUCUGUCCCGUUUUGCAGCAUACUCUCCCUUCACUCUCAAAGCUGUACUUCAACAACUGGUUGAGGGAGCACUACAUAAAGGAAAUGCUGACCUGUUUGGAGGGCAGAUCGCAGAUAUGUCUGGUGCCCCUGUGGCUUCCCCAUCCGUGUCCCCCAACCUUGGAGCCUCCCUUCUGGAUAUCAACUGUCGGUUUGGCACUACUGUCAACUUUUCUGGGAGUGUAUGGUCUGUAUUUCAUGCUGGGGUGAUUGGCAAGGGGCUGAAGGUGCGCACCUCCACAUCAGUCCCUGACCCAUCUGAAGUCAUCCAGAAUAUCCAGACUCUGCUGACUGUCAUAGUCCGGUGUUGCAGCUCCUGUGGCCUCAAUGGCUCACAACCACCACUGGAUCCUGAUGAGCCACCGCCCAUCAACGCUGAGGCAGCCAAAGUUGUUGCAGUCACACUGGUAGAAAAUGUCUGUCCAGAUGUGGCCAACGGGGAGCUAUCCUGGCCCCCAGAAGAGCAUGCCCGCACCACAGUAGAGCGAGACAUCCACAUCAGACGUUGCUUUGAGGCCCACCCAGUGCUCUUUCCUCUGCUUCAUGUGGUGGCAGCUGGACGGCCGGCUCUCUGCUACUGCUCAGCUGUGCUCAGGGGCCUCCUGGCCACCCUGCUGGCCCACUGGGAAGCAUCCCGUGAAGUGUCAUCCACAGACUCCCCAUGGCACCUUCAGGCAUCCUGUCUCCUGGUGUCCUGCAUGGGAGAGGGCCAGCUCCUGCCUCCUGUGUUGGCUAAUGUCCACGAAGCAUUCCCCCAUCUCACUCCCUUCGAGGUGAGGCUGCUGCUCCUGGCUGUGUGGGAGUACGUGAGGGGCAAUGGGCCCAUGCCCCAGAAGUUUGUCUUCAGCUCAGAGAAGGGCCUCUUCUACAGGGAUUUCUCACGGGAUGGUGACGUAGCAAGAUACGUGGCACCAAUUCACAGUGUCCUGCAUAAAAACAUUGAUAGACUGGGACACCUGUGCUGGCGGUUCCAGCUCUAAAGGGGAGCUGGGAAGCGCAGGUGACAGGGAAUGAAAAAAGAUGGUAAAAUUGUUGGAACACCAUGUUACAUUGCUCUAAGAGUGGACUGCAAAGUUGCUGUCACUGUAUUUCAAUUUCAUACAAGGAUAGCUGUGUAUGUGUGUGCAGACUUUUGUACCAUAUUUUUAGAUUAUAUGUUUCUAUAUAGUUGUUUCUGUGAGAGCAACAAGGGACACAUAUGUAUGUUAUUUUACUACAGAAUGUGCUCCACACUAAAUAGGUUAAAUGUGUCAUUUCAAUUAGAAAACUGAACUUGUUUUAUAUAAUUUUCAUGUUCUAAAAUUGUAGCUACAAGCAUACCUGGCAAUUCUUGUCAUAUACACACACAACAUUGUUUCAACCAAUUUCUAAAAUAAAUGUUCAUUUGGUCCUUGA